CGGCUUUAGCGGGUACACUUUCGAUCUCGGGUGGACAGCAUAGCAGUUGAAGAGCAUUGUUUUGGUAAACAGAAAGUCCUUGUGAUUAAAAAUAAAGGUUUUAAAAAGCAUCGCGAAUUUGUUUAUCUUACAGCGUAUGUAAUGAAACAGGAUGCGGGUUUUUCCGCCGGUUCGUUAUUUUCUUACUUCGCUCACUUAGUUGGUUCACACUGCUAACUAGCUAGCUAAAGCUAAUGCUAGCUAACUCGAACAGAAUUGUUAUGAUACGUUAUGGUGGAUCCUGUUUUGCUGUCACCACAAACAACUCAUAAACAAAAGAAAUAACCAACAUUUUGGAUGGCGGUGGCUCCUGCCUCGAUGGCAGAUAAGAUCAUAAUACUUGAUGAUGACGAUGAAGAGGAGAGUCCACAACCCUCCUGCUCGGCCUCCACCUCGUCCUCUCGGCAUCGAGCUAAAAAAGCCUUGCAGCCUGCCCCUACCCACAUUAUCGAGUCACCUUUUGCCUCAGCAAAGAAGGACACACAUGUUCUGCAGGCAGAGAAUGAAAAGUUGUUCACUGAGUUUGUGGAGUACUGCUCAGCUCACACCGAGGACUGCCCGGAGGUCAUAACCUUCCUCCGAGUCAAGCACUCCAAAGCCUCUCCUGACUUUCUGUCAUCGGUGGAGUUCAGGAACACCUUGGGACGAUGUUUGACUCGCGCUCAGUCCAACCGCACCAAAACCUUUGUCUACAUCAAUGAACUGUGCACUGUACUCAGGCAGCAUGCAGCCAAGAAGCGGCAGAUCCUCAACAAGGUUGAGUCUGGGCCUUGUACCUCAACAUCAACGUCUCUACAGUCUACCUCUGUUACGCUCAAAAGUAAAGACAAAACUAAACAUAAAGCUGAUGAGGAAGACAAAGGGGUGGCAGCAGAGGAUAAGGAACCUUCUACGUCAGGGCUGCAGGAGGAAAUUAAAAAAGAGGAACACGAUACUGAGAAAAAGGCAAAGAGGGCCUCCAGGAAGCAGAUAGCGUACCUGGAGAACCUGCUGAAGGUGUAUAACGAAGAGAUCUACCGCCUCCAGCAGGCUGAGCUGAGUUUGGAUGACCUGGGGUCUGAGGAAUCUUUAUACAUCCAGGAGCACAAGCUGAAACGCAAGAUGAUGAAGAUUUAUGAAAAGCUGUGUGAACUAAAGGACUGCAGCACACUAACGGGCCGAGUCAUUGAGCAGAAGAUCCCCUACAAAAGCACUCGUUAUCCUGAGAUCAACAGGAGGAUCGAGCGUUUCAUCAACAGCCCUGAGGCGCACAGGAACCCUCCAGAUUACCAAGACAUCCUCCACCAGGUGCUGCGUGCCAAUGAGCGCCACAACCUGUGCCUGAGCAGGAAACAGCUGAACCAGAUCGCCCAGGAGGCUUUCAGAGAGACGGGGAGCCAAAUGCAGGAGAGGCGUCACCUGGACCUGGUGUACAACUUUGGUUCACACCUCACCGACCACUACAUGCCUGCCAAAGACCCGGCUCUGUCAGACCCCGCGCUGCAGCGGAAGCUGCGGUCGAACAGAGAAGUGGCUCUGUCCCGUCUGGAGGAGGUCAUCACCAAGUACGCCGUCAAACAAGAGGACACAGAGGAGCAGGAGAGGACCAAGCGACAGGAGAAGGACAGCAAAGGGAAAGAGGUCCAAAAAUCAGAAAACGGGGAAGCAAAUGAAGAGGUGAAUGGAGUGGCAGAGAAGGAGGAAGAAAAGGUGAAUGGAGUGGCAGACAAGGAAGACGAAGAGGUGGAGGAGGAGGAUGACGAUGAAGAAGAUGAAUCAUCAGACCCUGACAUCGAGGACGAGAUCCAGGCCAGCACUCAGCAGGAUGGACCAGACGACGAUGAGAACGAGGAAGACGACAACAACGAGGCGGAACAAGUGUGUGACGAUCAGACAGCCGAGGUGUCGGGAAACGUUUCUGCAGGGGAAGAAGGAAGCGUGAAAGAUGAGGACGAGGAGCCCGUCACAAGUGGACUCAGUCCUCUUUCGGAUGAAAGCAAGUCCCAGAUAUCUCCGCUGUCUGACAUCCCCUCCCCGAGUCACAGUCCCAGCCAAUCAGAGCCAAUGCAGACUGAAAACCAGAGGCCGUUGUCUAAUGGUAACCUUGCAGGAUUAGAGGAGCCUGUGGACUCAUCCAAUCAUGUGCACGUAAGCACUAGCGAAGUCACGAAGGACUCUGCAGACGACUCCCUGGGAGCGGCCAAUGGGGUGUCUUUGCCCCUGUCACCAGCUGUCAUAGUAGAAAAGCAUGACACGCAGAGCAACGGUACGUCGCCGCCGCCCAGUCCCAGAACUACGAGGAGCCAGAAGAGGAAGAGGGAGGAAAUGACAUCAGGGAGCUCUCAAAAUACAAAGCACAUAAUCAUCGCUGACAGUGAGGCAGAUAUCCCUCUGGAUAUGGGCGUUAUUAGCUGCAAUUCUCCACAGCAGGUAGAGUCAACCCGAGCGGACACCCCAACCCAGGAAAUUGUCAGCAGCUCACAGUCGACACCACCUCCCAAGAAAAACAAGGUCAACGUGGCCACCCAGUGUGACCCAGAUGAGAUCAUCGUCCUGUCGGACUCAGAAUGACCUUCCACCUUUUUACCCUUUUUACAAGCCAUCACAUAAGAACGUUCCUUAGAAAUGCAUUUUUUUUUUCAAGAAAUCGGUGCCAGAACACAGGUGACAUGUGGAAGAGUCGUGCAGUACAGUGAGCGCAAUCAUUUUAUUUUUUUCAUUUCAGAACUGUUGAAAUUGCUGAUGUUGCUGUGGAAGACAGAAAACUGAAUUAAGUAGCUGAUUUCACUUGAUUAAAUAUUACCAAACAAAAGACAAGACAGGAGUUUUUGUAAAGGACUUAAUAAUAAAAUAAUUGUAACAUUUGAAAGAGAGUUGCUUAAACAGGACAUGUUAUUUUGGAAAAAUCAUGGUUUUGGGAGCACUCUUCUUCUGCCGCGUGCACAAGCCGUCCUUUUCUUUACGUAGAGAAACAUCGGCUGACGUUGACCUCUUCUUUGGUACAUUACACAUGACCUCGUCCAGAUCUACUGGGUGAGCCCAGCAGCCAGACCUUUGUUGUUUCCUGCUUUUCAGUGCAACACUACUAACGCGUCUGACUUCCUGUUGGUAGUGGCAUUGAAAUGUUUUUUUUUACUGCUCUGAACACAGAGUAAAAAGUCCUUCUUGUGGGAUUUUCUUUCCGUGACUUCAUACAACAUUUGUUGUUGUGGUUUAGAUAAGAAACCAGUGCCUGAAAACAUGAACUGUGCAGUCGGACACGUGGCCCAGACGGGGAGUUCUGUUUUCACAGACACUUGACUGGCGAGUUUGUUUACAUUUUUAUAUUACAAUCGCCUUUUUUACAUUUUUUUCCCUUUUUUUUUUUUUUUUUAAGGAGAGGGAAGUGUUGGCCUGGAUAGCAGGAAUUUUGGCGUUGUUUUACUUGUUGCUAUUUAUGCAUUGAAUUAGUGAGCUGUGUUGUGGUUUGUACUCUCGUUAGCAAGAUUUGUGGACUGCAGCAGUGAGAAUAGGGAACAUUUGACUUUUUUUUUUUUUUUUUUUUCUUUGACUGCAGCAGGGAAGCUAAAGAGUUUCCAGAUAGUUAUGGGUUUGAAUGAGGAAUGUUGACAAAUAUUUGAAGCAUAAGGAUAGCAAUGUUCUAGACAACAAAUCCCAUGAAAAGACCUUUUUCUUGUGUAACUUUUGCUAAAAACAAGGUCCAGCUGUUUUAAUUAUUGAGCCAUUUUAAAGAUGUAGAUGGGAAACAAUGGGCUUGGGGCUGAGAGAGGGUUAGGAAGUCUGAAAGUAGAUAGAUGAGCUGACACUUUUUGUCUUUGAAUGGGCUUUGUUGACAUUAAGAAAAAUAGACAAUGAACAAUGCCAGCCUAAUUCUUUAAGUAGCUAUAGCACAAAAAUGCAUCCUGGUGAUUCUGGCACAUUUCCAAAGCAGAGGACGUAAGUUUCUCAUUUUAAUGCAUCUCAGAGUUGAAUCUCACCUCAAUACCAGCUCCUCUGUCCUGCCCCAAUAACGACGUUAAUUCACCUGGACUCCACAGUAGUCUUUGUCUCGAUCCGAAAGGUGAAACCAGUUCUAUUCGACCCAAACCUGGCCCAGUUAACGACCAUGAACACCCGAGUCUAAUGACUAGAUCUUAAAAAAAUUUCCAGCAGUGCUGACUUUUCAUAAACCACGUAAGAAGGAAAUCCAGUUUAGUCUGACACACACUGAUUGAUAGUGCAGCUUUUAGAUUUGUGUUCUCUUCUUGUUAAUACACUGGGUCUAUGGAGACAUUUUUUGUUGUUCUUCUUCUUAUAGGCAGUUUUGCAUUUAAGAUUUUCAGUUUGAUGAUUGAAAAUCUUGUUAUCAAUGUGCAUCGCGUCCUUUAUAAAAACUAUAAGUUGUCCUGCUGGUCCCUAGAGAACUAGUAUACUCACCGUCUGGGCCUUUUGGUGAAGUGAAUUUUUAUCCUUAUAACAAUUCCUGUUUGAGUUUUUUCCUCCUGAAUCCCAAUUUUAUUAAAUAUUACCACACAUACAAAAUUAUAUUUUUGGGUAAAAAGUCCAAGAAUUUAGACCUGGAUUGUAGUUUGUCAUAACUUCGAUAUCAGGCCUAAUUUAUGCAGAGGAGUGAUCCAUCAUUCACUGUGAAUUUUUUCUUUUUUGAUAAUAAAAUAAAUGAUACAUUUUUUUAUA